UCACUUUUGGUAUAUCACUUUAUCAUUAUUAUAAUCAUUGAUUUAUGGUAAUUUAGUUUUGAUAUAAAUAAUACAAUAUACUUUUUUAGAGAUAUUAAAAUGUAACUUCCAUUUCCUUCUUAUUUCUAACAGAACUCCUGCUGGAAAUAAUAGCUUAAGCGAUUAGUUAUUUCGUGCGUGUCCUAUGUCACACUUACUUGUCGUUAGUUAGAUUUAAAUCGUUACUUCUAACAGAACUUAAAGAAACAACUCAAAUACGAUUUUUGUAUUUGUAAUAAGGUUUUUAUAAAAAAAAUAAAAAAAUUUAUAUCAAAAGUUAAAUAACACAGAAAAUAAAACUAAGAUGAUAAUAUAUUAUAUUAUAAUUUUUGAAAUGUUAUAUUUUGGAAAAAAUGUUAAAGGUGAAUGGGUCGAAAUUCCUGAGUUCUCAGAUGAAAAGAAAGUUUACAGAAUUCCUUUUUCUAAUCGUGACUAUGAAUACAAAUUUAUACGAAAUGACGAUAAUAAAAGUUUUUUUCAUAAGAAAGAAAACAGUACGAUUUAUGAAAAACAACCGGAGAUAAACAUUCCAUUAACACACAAUUCGGACGUAAAUAUAACUCAAUUAUCAGUAACAGAAUUAAAUACUGGGACAGAGAAAUAUUUUGCGAACGUAUCUUCUGAUUAUAUUGUCGAGAAUAAUUGUGACAUAAAAAAUAAUAGUUAUGAAAUGGAUAAAUUAUUGAUUGAAUCCGAUCCAAUCAAAUUAGAGGAACAUAUAUCAGAUACAAAAAUGUAUGAUACUAAAGAAGCUAUAGUUAAACAACAAUUACCAUUGUCUAAUAAAAAUUUAAAUGAAACUUUGAAAGAAGAUAAAAACACCUUUCUAAUGUAUUUACCAACUGAAAUAUUAAAAAGUGUUCAUAAAAAUUUAAAAUCUCAACCAUCAAGUAUAAAAGGCAAACUCCAAUUUCUGAAAUCAUUUGAAAAGAUAUUAUCGCUUGAAAUAGAAUCUAGACUUAUAAGAUUUAUAAAUCCAAAUCGCAUAAAAAGAGGAAGUGAUCAUUAUGAUCAUGAUGAUUAUGAAGAUCAUGGAUUAGGUUUUCCUUCUUUAGAAGGUGCAUUAAUGGCUAUUUCAUUUCUUACAUUUGCUGUCUAUUUGGUUAGAUUAGUUAUGCUUCUUUUUCGAAAUAAUGGAACUCAAGGUACUAUUCCCACUGUACUUGUUGGUAAGAAAAAGAGAUCAGUCGAAGAAUUUAAUGAAGAAACGGCAAGAAUUCUUCACAAUGUGGAUAAUUUCAUUUCUAAUAUUUAAU